CUGGAUAAAUAGUUUUAUUUCGAUCUAGCUUUUGACACCUGCAAUGUACGAGCUGAAAACUCUGCUGCCACAAUUCGAUAUUAAAUUGCCCAAUUGUAUGUAUGAAUUAAAGAAUGUAAGCUUGGCGGCGAACACCGUGGCCAAUAAAGCGAACGCGGCGGUGACGACAUCGGGCGUAAGUAGACGACGGAAGUAUGGCAAUAAUAUUUUCAAAACAAAAUCGGCCACAUGUGCACUUGAUUUGGAUAUUUUAGGCCGGCAAAUACAACAACUGCUAAAGGAAGAUGAUAGUGCGGCGGCUGUGGCACAACGUCAGGCAAAGGUGCUGCAACAACUGGAGGAGCUCAAGGCUCAAAUGACCAAGAUUCGUUCCAAUUUGGGUCUGUGUGGCAAGACAGUGCAACAUACGACAGCCUAUCAGAAUGGCGGAUUGAGAGAGGAACCGCUACACGACAUUGUCAUUAAUGGCCAUCCAAAUUUCAUACCCUAUGCACUGUUGGCAUUGAAAAAUGCCUGGCGCAAUCUGUUCACCAUUGACGUCAAGACCUUUACACACUCAACUAUGGCUGAUAUUGGACCAGCCGCUCGAGAAUUCGAAGCCAACUUGGCCAAGCUGCCCAUCAACGAGAGCAAACCCAAAAUCAACGUUACACUUAUAUGGAAAAAUUGUGAGCACACAGAAAUGAUCAGUUCUCCCACGAUGUAUGUGCCCAUCUAUGGCGAAGUCAACAUAAUCCGCUACUUGGGCCGUGUUGGUCCUGCUGAGUAUCGUUACGAGAGCUCGCCGCUGUGCAACGAGAUAGAUGCCGUGCUAGAUAUUUGCUAUCAACUUUUGCGCUGCGCCACACACAAAAGCCAAGUGGCCAUGGUCCGACUGCUGGACAGGCGGUUGCAACAGCAGCAGUACUUUGGCGGCGCUGAAAUGUCUGUGGCCGACAUUGGUGUUUAUAGUUCGCUCAUUCGCAUGCCUGCCAUUACGGAUAAGGAUUUGACACCCGCGCUGCUGGCGUGGCGCAAACGCGCCCGACUUAUUACACAAAUCUAAACAGCUUCAAUAGAUAAUCGAAUAAAAUGCUAACAACAUUUAA